AUGCCCGAACUCGUCUAUACCUCCCUGGAAGAUAUCGAGAAGAUUCACGAAGAGUUGCGGGCAGGCUUUCGUUCAGGAAAACUCAACUCCAUCGAAUACCGCAAAUACCAGCUCCUCCAAAUCGGUUACUUGGUCCAGGAAAACUUUGAAGCCUUCGAGAAUGCUCUCAAGGCAGACUUGGGACGCCCAGUACUGGAAAGUCGAUUCGUUGAGAUCAACACCUGUAUUGGCGACGCUCUGAAGGCCUACAAGAAUGUCGAGAAGUGGGCGAAACCCGAAUACCCUGCUUUCAAUAUCAACUUCUUCGCCAUGAAGCCCACCAUCAACAAGGUUCCAAAGGGGACUGUUCUUAUCAUUGCACCUUUCAACUAUCCGCUUUGGUUGACUAUCGGACCUUUGGUUGGUGCGAUUGCCGCCGGCAACACCGUGCUGCUUAAGCCCUCCGAGUCGACACCCGCCGUCAGCUCCCUGUUAGCAGAACUUGUACCCAAGUACCUGGACUCUGAUUUGGUUAGAGUGGUCAAUGGCGCUGUUGCGGAGACCAGCAAGAUUCUCGAACUGCAAUGGGACCACAUCCUUUACACCGGCUCAGGACGUGUUGGAAAGAUCGUCGCGACAGCAGCUGCCAAGCACCUGACACCAGUUUCGCUCGAACUCGGAGGAAAAUCCCCCGUCAUUGUGGACCCCACUUGUGACCUUCAAACAGCCACAAGGCGAAUCCUGUGGGGAAAAUGUACGAAUGCUGGCCAGACCUGCGUCGCACCGGACUACAUCCUCGUACCACGGUCUUUCCAGAACACCUUCAUCGAGGCGCUCACCAAGACCUACAACGAAUUCUUCCCUUCUGAUGCCAAACCCUCCGACCCAGACAACUUUGCAAGGAUGAUUACUCCUCAGGCUUUCAAUCGUGUGAAGGGGUUGCUCGACGCUACGAAAGGCACUGUCGUUCUCGGUGGUGAAACCGAUGCUGCCACCAAGUUCAUCGCGCCUACCAUCGUGAAGGAUGUGCUCCCCGACGAUUCAUUGAUGUCUGAUGAGAUCUUUGGCCCCAUUCUCCCAAUCGUUGCAGUCGAGGACAUCGAUGAAGCCAUCCGUUUCGUGAACUCUCGAGACCAUCCAUUGGCACUCUACGUAUUCACGCAAGACCAAGCUGUUAAAGACCGAGUCUUCCGCAACACCCAGAGUGGUGCAUAUUCAGUCAACGAAGUAGUUAUCCACACUGGUGUGGACGGCUUACCCUUCGGCGGAACUGGUCCUAGUGGCUAUGGCGAGCAUACUGGCAAAUUCUCGUUCGAUAUGUUCACCCAUUUGCGCAGCUCCAUCGACUCUCCCAGCUGGGUCGACGCUAUCCUCAAGUUCCGCUAUCCCCCCUACACCGCCAAGAAGUUGAAGGCCACUGAAAACUUCAAAGUGAAACUGCCAGCCAAACCCAAGGGUCCUCCCAGCGUGUCUUCUUCUGGCUCGCGGUUGAAUAAAUGGUUCGUUCUUGCGUUGGCGGUGGCGGUGGCAGCUGGGUUGACGAAGCGUGCCAGAGCUUUGAUUGCGUAG